GGGAGAGUCGGACUAUUCUUGGUUCUUAAAAUUUUUUGUGAAUUCAAGUUUGUUCUUUACUUCUCUUUAGUCCUUAGCUCCCACUCUUUCAAGUCCAUUGACCAUUGUUCUUUGGUGUUCAAGUGAAGUGGAUAAACCUCUCCCAAUUCUCCUCUUUGCAAAACCAUUACAUAAAACCCCAUACACAAUUGAAAUAGUGAAGGAAAACAAGACAUGGAGAUGAGCAUAUCAUUCAUACAUAACACUUCCAAUUCCAAUUCCUCUAUUUCUCUUUCAAGCUUCUCUUCUUCUUCUUCUUCUUCUUAUCUAUCCCUUCAACCUCAAUACAAUCACUUUCUCUCUUACUACCCCAAACCCACCAAUAUCUAUCUUCCACGUGUCCCUCCUCGUCGCUCCGUUCUCUGCCUCGCUCGCCGUCGUAAUAAUUCUAGUCGCCCCCUCUCCUCCACCUCCAAGAAAAAUAAGAGCCAUAAGAAAGCCAACUUAAACAAAGAGGAUGACUUGGAUGAAGAUGCUUUUGAGGCUCUUUUUAAGCAGCUUGAAGAAGAUCUCAAGCAAGAUGAGUCGUUGUUAGACGAUCUUGAGGAUGAGAUUUCCGAAGAAGAGCUUGCCAUGCUUGAACGUGAGUUGGAAGAAGCAUUAGCAGAAGAUGAUACUCUGUCAGAGCUGUUGAAUCUGACAACAAAUAUUGCUGAGGCAAGAGAAGAGGGCAAAGAAGGAAUGGGAGACGAAGCUGCAGAAGAAGAUGCUGCCGAUGAGGAACAGGAAGACGAGGAAGAAGAGGAACCAGUAAAACUGAAAGGUUGGCAGCUUAAGCGAUUGGCAUACGCACUUAAGGUUGGGCGCCGCAAAACUAAUAUAAAAAGCCUUGCAGCCGAGCUAUGUCUUGAUAGAUCCGUUGUUCUUGAGUUACUACGAGAUCCACCUCCAAAUCUGUUAAUGUUAAGUGCUACUUUGCCUGAUAAGCCAGAGCCACCAGUCGCAAUUCCGGACUCUAGAGAGACAUCAUCUUUUCCUUCUGAGGUAGAGGUGAUUGCAGAUACUUCACAACCCGAACCCAAGGUUGAAACCCCCAUUCAUGUCUUGCAGAACAGCUGGUCUGCACAGAAGAGAUUGAAGAAAGCUCAAGUUGAAACUCUUGAAAAUGUCUACAGACGUACUAAGCGUCCUACUAAUGCGAUGAUUAGCAGCAUAGUCCAUGUGACAAACCUUCCUCGCAGGAGAGUUGUAAAAUGGUUUGAAGACAAACGUGCUGAUGAAGGAGUACCCGAAGAGCAUCGCCCUUAUCGACGCAAGUCUUCUGAGUCUGUAUUUACCCAAUAAUAAUAAUAAUAAUAAUAAUAAUAAUAAUAAUAAUUUUGUUAACAUAUGGUUUGAUCUAAUAUUAAUUCCAGAUUUCCAUGCAUCUGCUCCUGUGCCAAUUGUCAACGUUUCGGUGGGAGUAGAAUCUCAAUUGUUGAGCAAUAUCAAUUAUCAAAGUUUAUAGAGUCAAUAUGUAGGCUAAAAAGAUGCAGUGAAAUUAAAUGAGUUUGUAAAAAUCAACAAUAUACAGCAUGCGUCACUUUUAAUUCUUUACAUUUUACCUACAUGUGGUUGUGCAUUCCGAAUA